CGUAGAAUUACUGACUUAAGCAUUUCCGGUUCGCCAUUUUAUAACAUUUGUUGUAGGAAGGUGUUCGAUACGCAAUUUCGCAAUUUGAUGGAAGAAUACUUUAUGUUCAUCAAAUGAAAGAGAGUCUGUGAAUUGUAAUAAAUCGUACUUUAAUUAUUGAUGUAAUUGAGAUGAAGGUGUAGUUCUAUUUAGUCGUGCAGCAGUUCUUGGGAGUCAGCAUUGAAAUUAUCAUCUAGCUGUACUAGGUAGUCUCACGAAGAAAGAAGAUAUAUUUUGAAUCACGAAAGUCUGUAAGGACUUCGAAGAUGAGUGUCAUCAUAAGACUACAGAAUCUGCCAUGGUCGGCCAACGCUCUGGACAUCCGGCAGUACUUCAGAGGUCUCGCCAUUCCCGAAGGCGGUGUUCACAUUGUAGGGGGCGAGCAAGGAGAUGCAUUCAUUGCCUUCAGCACUGAUGAAGAUGCGCGGCAGGCGAUGAUGACAGAUGGUGGAAAAAUCAAAGAGGUGAAAAUCAAGCUGUUGCUUAGUUCACGGGCUGAGAUGCAGAAGGUGAUAGAGCAUGCUCGCCAACAGUCUGUGACCCUUCAAAACAUCAUGCAGAUGCCGGCACCAUCCCUGACUCCGACUGGUUUGCCAGUGCACACACUGUCAGCAUCAAUUGCUGCAUCAGUAGCAGUCACAGCUACAGAGAUGGCAAAACUAGCCCCUGUAUUGUCUGACAGGAGGGAUUCUCGAGAAACAGAGCGUGACAAGAAGGACACUGACAGUGUCAGCAGCAGUAAGGACAAGAAGGACAGAAAAGAGAGGUCACGUUCAAGAGAUGGAGAUCGCAGAGAUCGCAAGGAUCGAGACCGUGACAGACAUAGGGAUAGAGACCGUGACAGGCGUCGCCGUGACAGGAGCCGCAGUCGUGAUCGUGACAGAAGGCGUCGUGACAGGCGGGACCGUAGUAGGUCACGAGAUCGUAGUCGUUCCAGAGAUCACAGUAGUCGAGAUAGAGAUCGUGACUCUAAAAGAGGAUCACGAGAUGCCAAACAGGACUCUGUUACUCCUGCAAAUGAAGAGGAGAAAACCAAGGAUCAGAAUGGGGAUGUAGUUUUGUUAUCACAGUUUCCACAAGCAAAAGAUCGUUUGUUAAACCAGGCAAAGUUGCAGGAGGGUCCAGGAAAAGGAGGAGUCUCCCAGCCUGGUUCAAUGAAUGCUGGUGUCUGGGAAUUUCCAAUGGGCCCUAUCAUGGGAAACAAUCUGAGUGGCUUCAAGCCUGGUGGAGGAAACCGCCCUUUGCAGAUGCCAUUGGAGACCACUUCUGGACGAGAUUUGGAUGGAAGACACCUUAUGGGAGGACCAAAUUUUUCAGGUGAUAUGAUAAGAACUCCCAUGUCAGGAAAUCUCCCUGUUUGUAGUGGAGAAUCAAUACAGAAUUCAUACCUGAGAAAUGAGGGAUACCCUGGAGGUCAAGAUUCUUGCAUGCCUCUACGUGGACGAGAGAGCUGGCCUCCUGGGCGACAGCCUGGCGAUAUGGGUCGGUUCUCACGGAAUGAGAGGAUCGGUGGUUACCCUCUAGGCCAAGGAGUAUUCAAAGAGGCUGAAGACUAUGAUGGCCCUGGAGAGGUGGAACCAAGAGGGUUCAGAGGGAACUACAGGGGUAUGGGUGAUUUCAGGAGAGGAGGCUUUCUUCCAAGGGAAGGCAGGAUGGGAGGUCUGGCAGGUGGAAAUAUGAUUGACAGAAUGGGUCCGGGAGGCCUCAUGCAAAGUGAGAUGGAUGAGAGACGAGGUGGCAACGCAUUUCAGCCAGGUGACAGAAGAAACCAGUACAGAAUGGACAGAAAUGAACAAGAUUUUGCAAGAAACGACCGUUUUGUUGACCAGUUUGGGAGAGAUCAACUCGGCGACUGCGGCCCAGCAAGAUCUGGCACAUUCCCAGGAGAUAGGUUUCAGAGGGACAGAUAUCCGGGUGGAGAUCGAAACUUUGAGCAAAGGCCUGAAGCCAGACAAGGCACUGGUACUGCCAUUGAGCUUCGAAACAUGCCAAUUGAGACAGGUUAUGGCGAUAUCCGAAGAUUUUUCCAUGGGCUGCAUAUAACUGGUAAUGGUCUCAAAUUAAUCAAUGAUAAUCAUGGGAAUCGAGUUGGGAUAGCUUAUGUGAAAUUUAUGAAGCAAGAGGACAAAGACAAGGCUUUGAAAUACGCAGGAAAGAUGAUGCGAGGGUCUGUGGUUGAGGUUCUUCACCUUAGUGAUGACAUUUUUGACAAAGCUAUUGAUUCGUACAAACCCCCCCAGGAAACAGAACCAAUAGUAAAUACAACAGAUAUCCCAGAGAAGAAAGAAACAGAAAAGUUUUUAUGUCUUUGUGUUAAAGACUUGCCCCCAUAUGCCAAAGAACAGGACAUUAUUAAACUAUUCCAAGACAUUCCCAUAGAGGAAGUUGUUAUGUUGAUAACCAAAGAUGACAGAAAGCAGAAAAUGGCCUUUGUUAAAUUUACAAAACCAGAAGAUGCAAAGAAAGCUCACUGUUGCAAUAUGAAACAUACAAUUGGACAUAAGGCAGUUAAUGUAGCCCCAUGCUCAGAGGAAGAGUUCCAGGCAGCGAAGGAAAACCGAAAUGGAACGGCUCAGGAAGAGCCUGAAGUCAAGGAAAAGACUUCUGAUGUGAUAGAAAAAGUUCAAGAUUCAAAACCACCAAUUCAAGACUCUCGCAGUCAUGGCGGUACAGUAGAACAGCCUCUCCAGAAACCACAGAAAGCACUUCAUCCUCCAACAGACUGUGUGCUUCUUAAGGGCCUACCUGUUGAUGCAAAUGACCGUGACAUUUUGGAUUUCUUCUCAGAUGUUGGCUUGGUGCCACUGCGUAUUCACAUUAUGUUGGACAAAUUCAAUAAACCCACUGGGGAUGCAUUUUGUGAAUUCAGCAACAUAGAGGAAGCAGCACGGUCUUGUACAAAGAACAAUAUGCCUCUUGGUAAACAGGAUGUGACAGUACAGGCAGUUCUGAGAGAAGAAAUGAAUGAAGCCCUAGGUAUCGUGUCUCAACCUGACUUGCCCGUGCAGCCACUAGGCUUUACUCGGCUGCAGCACCCCAGGGACUUUGGCAACAGGUCUGUAGGUUUGUUGGGAAUCUCACCAUCAGGACCUCUUUUUGGUCGCAUGCCCCUGUUGGGGAGACAUCCUGUUUCCAUGCCGCUACAGUCUCAAGUUGCACCGAUUGAGGGUUUUGGAAAGCCAGGCUGUGUUGUUGCAUUGGAAAACAUUCCAUUUAGAGCUGAUAUUGAUGAGAUAUUGGAGUUCUUGGCAGACUUUGACGUAAGCCGUGAAUGUGUCAUACGGCGAUUCAAUGACAAGGGAAUGGCCACGGGAGAUGCACGAGUGGCGUUUCCUAGCCCAUCUGAGGCACAGCGGGCCAUCAGAGAACUCCGUUUUCAUAAGAUUAGAGGAAGGCCAAUUUACUUGAGCCUUCUUUAAUGCCUAUCAUACAACAGUCUAAGAGAAACAUUGUAUUCAGUUUUGUAAAUGUGUGUUUGGAGUUAAUGUACAUGUAAAUAUAUGCACAAUGAUUACUACCAGUUGACUUUUUUUCUAACUUGUUACAUUAAGAAGAGUAUGAAUGAGAUUGUAACUUGUGUAUGCAAAUCAAUAAAUGAAUACCGUUGUCUUUGGUUAAA